AAUCUCUGCUGUUUUCGUAAGGGACCUAUGUUCUCAGGUAAAGAACUUUGAAAGAAGGAAUAGAAAAGAUGAUAAUCAAAAUUUGGCCACUAUAUAACAAUGUAGCCUUUUCCUAUGGCAUUAUGCAUUAGAAUGGAAAAAUUGACAGAAUUCUAGAAAUCAUCCUCAAUAAUUGCUUUUUCUUUCUUCCUCCUUUCAAUAGAAGUUGAAUCCUAUUAAGUCUUUCCAAAUAUCUUCUGUAUUUGUUCUGUACUCUACCUAUACAUUGGACCUUCCUCAGUUUAUAUAACUCAUCAUCAUUUUCCUGCACUGAAUUUUCUUUUUACUGAUAUUACUGCUUCAGUAUUGACCCCUGUAGUUCAUCUUUUCCUCAGUUGCCAUGACUUUUGUACCAGUUCUCCUUCCACUGCAACCCUAGUUCAGGCCACUCACAUCUCAUGCCUGUGUUAUUGUAACAUUCUCUUCCUAACCAGUCUCCCUCUUCCACUUGUGAGUAAUAAGGAUAUCAUCACAUUUUAUACAACCCUAGAAUGACAUUUCAUUUCAAUUAUAGUAACCUUCAGGUUCUUUACCAUGGCCUACAGGCUCCUUUUUGAUCUGGCCUCUGUUCAUACCUCUGACCUCAUCUCCUUCAACUUUUCUCUAAUUCAAAAAUCCCUAGAAAUACUGGCUUUCUUUUUUCUAAACCAGAAACCACAAAACUCCUUGCCAGCUGAAAGUCUUUGCCUGAAAUGUUCUUCAUGUAGUCUUUAAAGUGACUUCUUCAUUAUCAUCCGUCAGAUCUCUAUCCGAAUGACCCUCUUAAGAAGCCUUCCCUGAGUAUUCAAAUCCUCUGCCCUUUGCACGCUCCAUCUUAAUAGCAUAUUCUAUUGUUUAAUUCCUGAAAUUAUCUUGGAUAAUGUGAGUUCUGAAUUCAGUUAGGUUUCAAACAUUGACUUUUUCAGCUACUAGCUAAUGGCCUUGGGAAAAUUAUUCAAUCUCCAUUUCUUUUUCUGUAAAAUGGGAUAAUAGUACCUUAUCAGGUUGUUACAAAAAUUAAAUGACUUAAAGUCUGUAGAACAAUGCCCAGUUAAUCAUUAUUAUUAGGUGUAGGUGUAGCAAAAUCAGUACUAAGAUGUAACUUAGUUUGCCUGUUUCUGAAACCUGGUAUCUAGAACAGAGUCUGGAACUCAACAGUACUCCCUUGAUAAAUGUGUGAACAAUUGUUGCCUGACUAGUAAUGUAGGAAGGGCAGCUGUGAUUACAGACAUUCAAAUUCCAAAUGCUUUUAAACAAUGUGGAAAGAAAUUACUUCAGCUUUCUGCCAUUGGCUCCAGUUGAAGAUUCCUAAGUGCCAAAUUAUCUGCCUUUGGACAUAAAAUUUCAGUUACUGAGACUUGGAUGCAUGGGAAGUUUUAAGUCCUAAAAAAGAGAAUCAGCAUGAAGCAAACCACAGGGGAACUUGACUUCCAACCAUGUGAUUAAUAUUAGGGAUGAGAACACCAGAUCUAGAUAGAAUUGAUAGUAUUAGCCAGGUUAACUGGGUCAGAACCAGAGAGUAGGCUCCCAGCAGUGACCCAGUGAUACAGAAAAGGGCCAACUCAGGGAGCUUCCUGGGGUGGGGAUGGGCCUAACACCUUCCAGUGGUUAGAAUUGGCUCAAAAAUGUACAGAACCUGUCCGUCAAGUAAGAAGCAUUAGAUACCAUUAGCAUAUCCAUCUUGGCCUCUGCUGGAAAAGUAGGAAGCAGGAAAAAAGUCAGAGGUAGACCAUAAUUAGUUUUCAUAAAUAUUGCGCAUAUAAACAGAACAGCUCUGAUUUAGAUAAAAUUGACCACAACUCAUUUUCAUUUUGGUGCUGAGAUCUUCAUGAUAAGAUCAUGUGCCAUAUUUUGAUUUUUACUGCAUAUUAUUAGGAAAUCCAUGAAACGGAAGGGACAUUGAGGCCUCUUUUUAACUGCUUGCCUCAAAUAAAUGAUCUUACCGCAGAGUUUAAUAGACAUGUACACAAGGAAACUGUAUCUAUCAUUCCACAAUUUCCAUAUUAUCAAAUUAUAUGUCUGUACACUGUUCACUGUGUUUGUAAACCACAAUAAGUGUUAUAAGAUACUGUAUUUGGCUUUUGGCAGGCUUUUUUAUUUUUGGCGAUAGCAUCUGCUCAGGAUGUCAGAGUACAAAUUUAGAAAGGUGUAUAUAUAGCCAGCAUGUCAUCUUUUCACCAAAGGAUUUGCUUUAAAUUUCUCACGCAAAGCUACUUUUACUGGAAGAUCUUUCCAUAAAAAAUAAAUAAGAGGUAUGUGACUGAUCCUUCUAAAAGACUUGGCAUUUCAACAAAAUACAAAGCUCAGUUAAGAUGUCAAACUUGGCACAAUUUGACUCUGAUUUUUACCAAUCUAAUUUUACUAUUGAUAACCAGGAGCACAGUGGUGAUGACUCUAAUGCCUAUGGAAAUCUUUAUGGAUCUAGAAAACAACAAGCUGAACUUGGAAUCCAUUUUGAUCACAUAUGGCAAAAAACUUGGACAGUGUUAAAUCCAAUGAAGCCAGCAGAUGGCAGUAUUAUGAAUGAAACGGACCUCACUGGACCCAUUCUUUUUUGUAUAGCCCUGGGAGCCACCUUGCUUCUGGCAGGAAAAGUUCAGUUUGGUUAUGUGUAUGGCAUGAGUGCCAUUGGCUGCCUUGUGAUUCAUGCCUUACUGAAUCUGAUGAGCUCUUCAGGGGUGUCAUACGGCUGUGUGGCCAGCGUGCUGGGUUACUGCCUGCUCCCCAUGGUCAUCCUGUCUGGCUGCGCCAUGUUCUUUUCAUUGCAGGGCACCUUUGGAACCGUAUCAUCCCUGGUCAUCAUUGGCUGGUGUAGUCUCUCAGCUUCCAAGAUCUUCAUUGCAGCCUUGCACAUGGAAGGACAGCAGCUUCUUGUUGCCUACCCUUGUGCCUUACUUUAUGGACUUUUUGCCCUCCUAACAAUUUUCUAAAGAAUGUAUGAGACAGCAUUUCAAGACUCUAUUUGCUUGCUGUCCAGAUUAUUUUGGAAAUAAAUUAACAUUCAAAUUUGAUGAUAUGAUUUUUGUUUUAUUGCUUUUGAAAGAGUAAUAAGCAGAGAGACAAAGCAGCACUUAAGGGUGGUGCUCUAAUAGCCCAUUGAUUUGAAUGAUGUUUUGCUUUUGAGUUUGGUGCAUUAAAACAUUUCAAAAUACUUAAAAUAAAAAGGGAUACAGUUGCUGUACUGAUCAACCCUGCCUUUCUCAAUAGAUGUAUUUCUGAGAAACAUAAGUAAAUAAAAUCAUAUGUGUACUAAAAGGAAA